GUCUUACAAUGUAAUAUAUACGUUGAAACGUGUGUGAGGAUUUGACACAAUUUCAACUCGAUAUAAUAAUGUACAAUCGUGUAACAGUUGAAUGCAUGAUAUGAUUUGACUUGAUUAAAUUUGUAAGAGUGCUAUUAUAAUGCAGUGUCAAUGCGAAAACUCGAGUAUUCCAUGUAUCCUCGUGCACGGUGACGUUGGGCAUUUUCAUGACGCGCUAAUUAUUGAGAAAACGACGAGUUGUAAAAAUGCAGCAUACACUGGAUAUCAAAGUUUGUUAAGUGGCGCAAGUUCGGUACAGGCUGUAGAAAGUGCGCUAUGGUGGUUAGAAUGCGAUGAGUUUUUCAAUUGUGGUUAUGGAUCGGUUUUAAAUAGUAUAGGUGAUGUACAAAUGGAUGCGAGCAUAGUAGACGGCUUCAAGUCGGAAUGUGGAUCUGUAGCCGCGAUAUCGGACGUAGAACAUCCGAUAUCUCUUGCCCGAUACGUUUUGGAUCAUUUCCCCAAUUCUAUCGUAGUGGGGGAAGGCGCGAGAAAGUUAACAGCCAAAUUAAAUUGGCUAUCGAAAGGAAAUAUGACAGCACCCACGGCAGCUUAUUUGACUUAUUUACCUGGAAAGUUUCAAAGGUGCAACUCUAAUCUCUCGAAUUGUUCAAGUGAUUUUGACGUCUACAUAGGUAGUGGGAGUACCGUUGGCUGUAUAGCUUACGACGGAUACGCUAUAGCCGCGGGUGUUACAAGCGGUGGUUCAAACCGAAAAAUUGUCGGCAGCGUAGGCGACUCUUCUAUAUUAGGUUGCGGCACGUACGCCAAUCGAAAUCUAGCAUGUUCUCUGACUGGUCAUGGAGAAUCUAUUAUGAAACUUGGCUUGUCAAGGGUCAUUGCGAGCGACAUCGAAAAAGGAUGCUCCCUGCGAAGAGCUUUGAAGAGAAAUCUUGAUUACAUGUCAACUAGAUGUGUAGAUCGUCAUUUCGGGGGCAUUGUCUUUAAGAGAUCUGGGGAAUGGGACGUGUAUUUUACUUGGCAUAAAAUGCCCUAUGCUGUCAUUACGAACGACUGCGUGACAUUCGGUGCAACUUUAGACGAGAGAAACGUGGAAAAGUAUACCGAAUGCCGGAAACGUCUUCCCUGCAAUUGCCAUUUUCCUCUUGUAAACGAUCCUAUCUCGAUAUCUCGUCAUCGUGUCGCGAUGUAACGUUGCUUCUUCCUUUUUUCU